UUUUGACACUAUCUAACGUGUAUAAAAGUAGUGUGAAGUUUUGUUCGUUCUGUGCUGGAAGAAUGCGUUAAAACAGUAAUUGUUCAAAUUAAAAAAUAUAAAUUCAAGAAAGAUUAUUAAGUUUUAAAGCUGCUACUUACUUAAUAUACGUCUAUUGAACUAAUUCUUAUCUGUAUAUCAUUUAUAAAAAUGGAUAUUAAAAUGUGGUUUACUAUCAUUGUAACUUUUAGUAUGAUAUCCUUUAUAACAGCUUUAAAAGAAGGAGAAUGCGAAGUAUGUGUAACUACUGUAAAUAAAUUUGUUGAAACUUUAACAAAUGAUAUUAAAGAUGAUCCUAAAAAAAUAGAGUCAGAGUUCAAAGAAUUUUGUAAAACUACGAAGUCAAAAGAAAAUAGAUUUUGCUAUUAUUUAGGUGGUUUAGAAGAAUCUGCCACAGGCAUUUUGGGAGAACUUAGCAAACCAGUGUCGUGGUCUAUGCCUGCAGAUAAAAUAUGUGAAAAAUUAAAGAAAAAGGACCCACAGAUAUGUGAUUUACGAUAUGAAAAACAAAUAGAUCUUAGAACAGUGGAUUUGAAAAAGUUAAAAGUAAGAGAUUUGAAAAAAAUUUUAAAUGAUUGGGAAGAGUCGUGUGAAGGAUGCAUAGAAAAGACAGACUUUAUUAAACGGAUUGAAGAACUUAAGCCUAAAUAUUCCGGCAAUUCUAAAACAGAGCUUUGAAGAGAGCUCUAAGAUAUAAAUAAAUAAUUAAGAUAUUAUAAAUCAA